UCUUUUCCCAUAAGAUAUUGUUGCUUUGUAAGAACCAUAUUCAUAGGUCAACCACUGUAUUGUCAAGGAUUUGGUAAAGUUUAAGACUUUUGCCCAAAACAAACCCUGCUAAGUUUCUUAUAUUAAGUGAAUUCAGAGUGUAGCUUUUUUAGAUUAAACUGCAAAAGAAAACAUGUGGUUUUUUGGAAGUAAAGGACCAUCAGGAUUCUCUUCUUCUUCUACAGCAGAGGAAGUUACUCAAGGAAUUGAUGGAUCUGCCCUCACUGCCAUUGUUACAGGAGCAUCAAGCGGUAUUGGUGUAGAGACGACCCGCGUCCUUGCAUUGCGCGGUGUCCUCGUAGUUAUGGCCGUAAGGAAUGUGGAUGCGGGUCGGAAUGUCAAAGAAGCAAUAUUAAAGGAAAUACCUGGUGCUAAGAUUGAUGUAAUGGAAUUAGAUCUAAGCUCAAUGGCAUCAAUAAGAAAAUUUGCAUCACAAUAUCAAUCCUCUAAUCUUCCCUUGAAUCUACUAAUCAACAACGCCGGGGUUGUAACACCGUUCAUGUUAUCGCACGACGGCAUCGAAUUGCAAUUUGCAACCAACUAUUUAGGUCCUUUUCUUCUAACCGAUCUUCUUUUGGAGACUAUGAAAAAAACAGCACGCGAAAGCAACAUAGAAGGGAGGAUUGUCAAUGUAUCUUCGAUAGGUCAUCGGUUUACGUAUAGUGAGGGAAUCCGCUUCGACAAAUUCAACGACGAAUCAGGAUACUCCUCUUGGUAUGCUUAUGGACAAUCAAAGCUUGCUACCAUAUUACAUGCCAAGGAGCUUUCUAGGCGUCUAAAGGAAGAUGGGGUGGAGAUUACAGCAAAUUCACUUCAUCCCGGAGGAAUACCGACCAAUAUUGUGCGCCAUGAUCGUUUCAUGAAUGCAGGCUUUCUCCAUUUGAUUGGGAAAUAUUUCCUCAAGAGUAUUCCACAGGGAGCUGCUACUACAUGUUAUGUUGCAUUACACCCACAAGUUAAAGGUGUUAGUGGAGAAUUUUUCAUGGACAGCAACAUAAGUAACCCAAGCUCUAUGGCUAACGAUGUAGAUUUGGCUAAAAAACUAUGGGAUUUUAGCUUCACCUUGAUCAAUCCCAAGAUGAAUGUAAAGGGAUGUAAGAUUAGACAAACGCUAAAGAAGAUGCAAUUGCCACGUUACAACAUAAGCUGGUGGUCGCAUUUAAGGUUGAUGCGAUUGCCACGUUACAACAUAAAAGCUGGUGGUUGCUUUUUAAGUUUGAUGAUGAAGAAACGACCUAACGAAGUGAUGGCUAGAAUUUACAACGGAAAAAUGCAAAUACCAAAGAGCAGCAUGGCGUUGAGAGGUGCUGCCAUGGCUGGUGGUGCUUGCAUUGGAAGACAAAGAGCCACCCCAUUUGUCCUUUCAUCUUCUCCAUUAUUUUUCAGGGUACGAUCCCUUCAUUCCCCUUCACAUCCUCUCCUAAGAUUCACAUCUUUUCCUAACCCCAAAACUGGAUUUAAGUAUCAGAUUCGGGCAAUACAAGAGGUAACUGCAGAUACUGUAAAAUCCCAGAAAGGAAAAGAAGAUGAUGAACAGAGUUCCCCACAAAAUUGGAAGAUUAAAAUGCUUUAUGAUGGAGAUUGUCCGCUUUGCAUGCGUGAGGUUGAUAUGCUAAGGGAGAGAAAUAAGCAAUAUGGCACUAUCAAGUUUGUUGACAUAAGUUCUGAUGAUUAUUCUCCUGAAGAAAAUCAAGGAUUGGACUACAAAACUGUUAUGGGAAGAAUUCAUGCCAUUCUCUCUGAUGGAACUGUUGUCACAGAUGUUGAGGCAUUUAGAAAAUUGUAUGAGCAAGUUGGUCUUGGAUGGGUUUAUGCCAUUACCAAAUAUGAACCAAUUGCGGCAAUUGCCGAUUCCAUCUAUGGUGUUUGGGCGAAAUAUCGUCUUCAAAUAACUGGCCGGCCACCAUUAGAAGAGGUCUUGGAGACGAGAAGAAAGAAGAAGGUACGCAUACGGCUGACAUAUGCAAUGACAACAAUUGCAAGAUAUGAAGUUUCCUAUUAAUUGCAGAUAACAGGAUACUUCUGUGAAACCUUAUCCUUAUGAUACGACCUUACACUGUUUUUGAACUUUCCAACAUUAUACAAGACAUGCAAUUGACCUUUAGCAUAUUAGAUUAUAAAGAUAUAUACUUUGAGAA